AAUUGUGUUCUAAUUAUGAUUUUUUAAUUCGGAAACGAAACCCGUUUGACAGUGUGUUGGUGACAAUUGUGCUAUAAAAUGGCUAAGUAAAGUUGGCAAGAGCAUCAGUUACUGACAAACCAAGAAACCCAAACAACCAAAUCAACAUGAAGUUCCUCAUCUGCUUGGCUCUUUGCAUUGCCGCCGCCCAGGCUGGUUAUAUCGCUUCCCCAGUGGCCACUUAUGCCGCCACUUACUCCGCAGCUGCUCCUUUGGCCUAUACCGCACCUGUGGCCACCUAUGCCGCUCCUGCCUACUCCACCUAUGCCGCCGCCGCUCCUGCCUACACCGCCUACAGUGCUCCAGCUUAUACCGCUCCGGUGACCACCUAUGCCGCCAGUCCCGCCUUCGCCGCCCCCAUCACCACCUACGCUGCUCCGGCUGUGGUCAGCUCCUUCCUGAAGAAGAAGUAAACGAGUCUCGACUGCUGUACUUAUUGACACAGUAAAACGAUUUAAUUGAGAACAAUAAAAAGACAUUCAAAUCAAAUUACUUUAAUUGAUUCUCGUUUUUCUUACUAUAUCAGUGGGUUCUCUAACCACGGAUCCAAUUGAAUUCUUUUGUAAGUGGCAUCCAAAUAUAUACGAUAGUCUUGCAUACUUUCCGGCGAAAGUAUAAUCGAAUAUUUUGGCGUU